GUAACUUGUAAGCAUUAGUUUGUACUUUUCCGUUAAUUUUAUUCGAGUCCAGCAAAUCCGUCGACGACUUCGUGCAGCGCUUGCAGAAGCCGCAAUGUCAACACGCAACCCACACGACGACCGCAGCGUCUUCGCCGGCCUAGGCAGUCGUGCCCUGGAAGGAUGAGUCCUCCCCCUUCCAUCAAAAAUCAAAUCGCACAUCUUAACCGCACCUUACUCAGAUCCAACAGAAAAUUGAUGAGCUGGUACGAUCUUCCCGCGGACGUACUGCAACUCAUCGCCGCCCGCAUAACUCUCCACGCCGACUACAUCCGAUUCCGCGCAGUCUGCUCCUCGUGGCGCGGCGCCGUCUCCAGCCGGCCGUGCCAUCUCCCCCCGCAGCUGCCCUUCCUGAUGCUGCCGGCACGAGGCGACCCCAGCGGCGGCUCCGGCGCGCGCAAUUUCUACAGCCUCACCGAGCACCGGACUUACCGCCUCGAAUUCCCCACCCACAAGCACUGCCUCGGCUCGUCCUACGGCUGGCUCGUCCUCCUCGGCCCCUCCACCGCGCUCUCCUUGCUCAACCCUUUCACCGGAUCCCAACUCCGCCUCCCGCCCGCCACCCAGAUUCCGCACCUCUCCGACACCGUCACCGCGGCCGACGUCAAGAGCCGCCUCUCCGAAUUCAGCGGCGAGCGCGCGAAGUCGACCUCCGCCGGCUUCUGGCAGCACUUGAUACGCAAGGCCAAGCUGUGCCGGCAGCGGUCGUCGUCGUCGUCAUCGUCGUCCAAGGAGCAGUGCGUCGUCGUCGUCGCCUUCCCGAAAGCCGGGCUGGCCUUCUGGCAGCGCGGGCGCAAAGCGUGGACGCACGCCGGACGAUACUGGCAGUUCGUCGACGUCGAGUUUUAUAAAGGAAAGCUCUACGCCAUCACCCGCGGAGGAAUUCUCAGCACCAUCGAGAUCGACACCUCAGUGAAAGAAACCGUCAUCAUCUCGUCGCCGCCGUUUUCGUACAACGGAUCAAGCUCCGUUUACCUAGCGGAGUCUGCGGAGGGCCUGCUCCUCGUGGUCAGGAAGUACGGCGAGAGCAUCGGCGACCGGAUUUUGAUCGUGGAGAGGGGAACGUCCAUGUCGUUGCCGGCUUCCGGAUUAGCGGGCUGCAAGGGGAACUGCAUUUACUUCACCGACGAAUACGACGUGUGCAGUGAAGGUCAGAUCACAGGAGGACUUGAUUUCGGUGUGUUUUGCUUGGAAGAUGGUAGUGUGCAGAGAUUGCCGUGUUAUCCGCAAGAUGCUGAAUCGCUGUGGCCGUUUCCUUCUUGGGUAACACCGAAUUUGUGGUAG